UACAGUCACAGUUGCAUUACAAAAGUGUCAUGGACUUUUCAUUUAACAUUAACUUCAUUUUGAUGGUAUUUGUGCAUAUUGGUGUUUGCAAUAGUCUCAUCACAAAAGGAGAAUUCCAGUACAGUAUAAAGAACAUCUUGAAUGAACCGAAGUUCUUUUUAACUGUGACUCUGGACGUGGAAUAUCCGGGAAAUGUAUUACACUAUAUGGAGGCCGUCUGCGAUACAUACCAAGAGUUCACCAAUUUUUCGAUGACCUACUUUCCAAAGAGUAUGCAUUUCAACGGGUCUUACUACGUGUCUGCCAUUAAUGGCGUAGAAGAAGUACCAGGUGAAACCUACUGGGAACUCAUAGAACACACCAGUGGCAAGCAGAUGCAAGUCGGUGCCUCCCACUACAAGCCCAGAGCAGGAGAUCAUGUGGCCUGGAAUUUGACGAGUCUCAGCGCGUAUCAAGCACAGUCUUGAGAUAUUUACGCCGUUAAAUGUAAAAGUGAAGUCCAGACAUACACAAAUAAACUGUACACUAUAAGGAAUAUGCAACGUUCAUUAUGUUCAUCGUUCAUAUAUUGUAACCGUUCAAUUCUCCAAACAAUAAAUAAACAUACAGAAAUUCA